AUGAAGCUCACCCUCAAGACCCUCAGUAGGGAUACCUUCGAGGUUGAGAUUGACGAGAGUCUGAAGGUGUCAGAUUUGAAGAAAAAGGUGGAGGAAGUCAGAGGGCCAUCGCAUCCUGCCCAGAAUCUCAAGCUCAUAUAUGCAGGUAAAAUUCUCGACGACGAGAAAGUGAUAAAAAGUUAUGAUAUUAGUGCUUUCAUCGUGGUGAUGGUCUCCAAACCUAAACCAUCUGCUACCGAGGGAUCAUCUUCCUCAGCGGCUCCAACCCCGACGCCUGCCCCGGCUCCAGUAACACCAGCUGCCCCAGCUCCUGCUGCAGCUCAACCCGUGGCUGCUGCUCCACCCACCACAACUCCAACAACAGCUCCUGCUGCCUCUCAGCCCACUAGUGUUGAUAAUAUGUUAGUCUCGGGACCCGAGUACGCAACUGCCGUUGCUGAGAUGGAAGCUAUGGGAUUCCAAAAAGCUGAGAUUGAACGAGCGAUGGAAGCAAGUUUCAUGAACCCCCACCGAGCUAUAGACUACCUUUUCAACCCUAGUCUGAUGCCAGCCGCCCCACCAGCAGUACCGGCUGCAACAGAUGCAGCACCAGCAGCCACCCCUGUUACCGAGGGAACAGGAGGCACCCAGCCAGCUUCUGAGGGUGAUGCACCUAGUUUAGGAGCUGGAAACUUGGACUUCCUUAGGAAUCAGCCUCAGUUUCAAGUUUUGAGAAGAAUGAUAGAGCAGAACCCGCAAAUGCUGCAAAAUGUGCUGCAAGAGCUAGGCCAAGCAAACCCUCAGCUUCUUCAGGCGAUCCAAGCAAACCCACAGCAGUUUAUAAACCUACUGCAAGAGACUCCGGCAGGAGGAGGCGACGCACCUGCCACACCUCAAGCACCUCCUCCAGGCACCGUUCAGAUAACCCCCGCAGAGAAAGAGGCCAUCGAUCGGAUAAAAGCUCUGGGAUUCCCUGAGCACCUUGUGGUACAAGCCUACUUUGCGUGCGAUAAGAACGAGAACCUGGCUGCAGAGUUUCUGUUUUCGGAAAACUUCCAAGAUGAUAACCCUUAAGAAACUGGACUUUUUCAUUCCCAGCAAAACACACAUAUUGACAAGUCCCGGGCAAAGAAUGAUGUUUGUCAAAAUGUGACGUGAUAUCGAUGUUUUCGAACCGAUAUAAUGUGGACUUGAAACCGUUUCGUAAAGUUUAGACGGAAUCAACGUGCGAUUAUUCAUGAGAUCGCUGUCCAAGUUACUAAUUUAGUUAUUAGUCCAAGUUACUAAUUUAAAUGGACCAUAUUUGUGUAUUUUGUUGAUCAAAUAUGGUAUUACAGUUAAUGUAAGGGCCUUACGAUUCUAGUAAAUUGAGCCUGCUUAAAUAUGUUAGAACAGACAAAGUUAGUAUUGUAUAAAUUUUCAAUUUGGGAUCUUUUCUUAAAAUUGUGCCAGUUUUUAAACUAUGAACAAACAUCUCUGGAAAUCUUCUGCUGCCGCGAUGAUUUUACACGACAUCUUAAAAUCAUCAAAUGUUAAAAGAAGGAGUUCGCAAACGUCUUCCCUGAGAUGCGUUUAACAGACGAGUUAUGUUUUGAAAAGUUAGUAAACUUGUAACGUACAACUACAAAUGAAAUAUUGCACCUUUGAAUGUUUGGUUGUAACCUCGUUGAUACGAAUUGACCAAAUUUUACAAGGUUCAAAUUAUAUUUAACACCAAAUCUGUAAACAUUUUCUACGCGAACCUUUUAGGACUCAGUGUUAAAUGAAGCCGUGAAUUUAGUCAAUUGGUCGAGUUUUUCGAUUCAUAUGCCGCAACAUAAAUGAAUUCGUACAUCUUAAGUAUAAAACGUGGAGAUCUAAACAAAAAAUGUAAAAUGAUGUGGCAUUUUGGGCCGGGCAACCCGUACCCUAUGCGAAUGCCACUAAAAAUUGGCAUAGUUUUAUAAUUAGUUAAUGUGCAGUUUUAAACGGUUCGCGUAUCACUGUUUUACAAUUUCAAUAUAAUGUGAAUGAUUUGGAAGAAGCAGUUUCUGUAAGAAGCCUCGUGUUGACCACGGGUGUUUACUGUUAAGGCAUUUAAGUCCGAUCUAUAGCUAUAUUCCAAAAAACAUCUAUAUUACCCUAAUGGCUGGAUUUUUGUUGAUUGAUAUAAUAUAGUUCGCUUUCAGGGGACAUUUUAGGGGCGUUACGAACUUGUCUUUGAUAGUACGUACUCGUGGUUCUUUUGUAAUUGAUAAGCGAUAUUAAACGUAACGUUUAACUUAAACUCUCGAAUAAUUUCAAUUUAUAAAAGCAGCGA